AUUUUUCUUUAUUGCUGAUUUCUGUUUAGAGACAGUGUGCUCUAUAUCUCACUAAUCGGUAUGAAGCUGCUAUGCAUUGCCAUCUUUAUCAUUCAGCUGUUAUGUGUUGAUGCAGAAUCAGAACCCAUAUCUGAACCUGAGAUCAAUGUACCUCCUCCACGACAUCCCAUUGAUUGUAAUAAUCCAGACGUUCUAAUCGCUGUGGAUUUCACGCUUCGUAAAUUCAAUGCUAAGCAGAAAAGUGGCCAUCAAUAUGCUCUCGACAAAGUCCUACAAGCUGAAGCACAGGGAUUACAUGGAAAACACUAUUUUAUCAAUUUUUCAAUUCAAGAAACAGAUUGCCCUGUUGGCAAUGAUAAAAUGUGGAAGGAAUGCAACUACAGAACAUAUGGAAUAGCUACUAUAGGUCACUGUGAGUCACAUGUGUACAUCCAUAAAACUGACAGAAUAAUUGAUGUGACUGAAUUCAACUGCACCAUAGAUUCAGAUCAUCACACACCAAUUGUACCGAAACGUGCACUGUGCCUUGGAUGUCCAAUGGAUCUGCCAAUUAACCACCCCCGUUUAAAUGAAACAAUUGCACUUGCUAUUGCAAAGUAUAACACUGAGAACAACUAUACAAAUUACUUUCAGCGUGCCGAGGUUUUCAAGUUCACUCAUCAGGUGGUGGCUGGAAUUAGAUAUAGCUUGGAUUUCUCAAUUCAGGAAACUGAAUGCAGCAAGGAGGAUUCCAUUGAUAUUCCUGCUGAUUGUGAUGCAAAGGCUGAUGGUGUAAAACUAUACUGUAAUUCCAAUGUGCUCAUCAAGUUUUGGAUGAAUUAUACACAUGUAGCUGUGAACUGUUACGACAACCCACCUGAGAGGAUGGCAUUUGCAGCACCUCGAUAUGUGGGUUGGGGGCCAUUCAGCCUCUCACUUAAACAGCCCGGUCAAACAAGUUCUGGUGGACAAGACACCCAUUCAGAGAAGAUGACCUCUGCUGAAAGAGCCCUUGCAGGCAGUCAGGAAUCCCCAACAUGCCCAGGAAAACCAUGGACAGCCUUGCGACAGAUUAAACCUACACUUUCCCCAGCUGAAGAACACCAUGAAAACAAAGACCCUACGCAGACAACAAUCAGUGACCUUGAUUUACUGGACUUCAACUCAUAAAUCUCUAACUACUGCUGGAUUUGAAUUAAUACAAAAAUAAUGAAAUAAGUAUUGCAAUAAAGUUUUGUUGUAAAUUUGUUUCUAUCAGCUCUACACUUCUCACAGAAUGCAUUUUUAUCUGUGGAGUCUAUGAAAAGACAUGAAUUUUGGCUCAUGUAGAUAAUCAUGACUCAGUCAUAUCUGUAGGAUUAAACAAUUUGAUGGAAAAUUAUGAAAGUAUAAAAGUAAGAAAUGUUUGUUAUUCAUCAGGUCAAGUAAAGAAAUUUGUCAACAAUGAGAACUUGCAGCUAUGUUUCAUGUAUUCGUAAUUGUCACAAUCAUAUGAGGAGGAAUGAAAGGACUAAUCUCUUUUCAACCUCCCUCGUUCGUCACAUCAAAGAUUUAAGUUCUUUAUAACAUGCUGCUAUACAUUUUCCCAAUUAAAAUGUAGUUAAUUGUUUUAACCAGAAGCUGUAAGUAGCCAAUGACAACAUUUUCUUGAAUGAGGGACAGAGCAAUUAUAUAACUUCUUAACCCCAAGAGAGAAUAAAGAUGUGACAUCAAGCAUAUGA